GUUUGGUUGGACGUGCACCGACAGUGCCGGUAGCACUCAGAUGAGAUGAGCCUUUCUUUUUGGAAAUCGACCAGAAGCCAAAUUCCAAUGAGCAGCGCAAAGCAAUAUGUUCUCGUUGGUAGUUCCUCCAGUUAAGAUGUGCCAAAUAGCAUCCUAUCGUCCAACAGGCAUACAAAAAGCCGGCGGGGCUGCUCUUUCCUAUCGAUGGCAUGCAGAGAUCUUUAACUUGGCUCCUGAGCACUGUCCUGUUCUGACACCAACAUCUCGCCAUGGCAUCGUACAUCAUCGGUCUGAACAGCGGCUCCUCUUUUGACGGGAUCGACGCCGUCCUCUGUUCAAUUGACAUCUCAGCAGACGGCCAUCCGUCGCGACCGAAGUUCAUCGACGCCAUAUCAAUCGACUGGCCGCAAGAGCUUCAGCCCCAAAUAUUCCGAGCAUUCAACAAUGACCUUUCUCUGUUCGACAUGACCCGCGUGAAUUACGCGGCGGGAGCCGCCUACGCCGAAGCUGUACGAUCCCUCUUGUCCCGAAACAACCUGAAAUCUCAGGAUAUCGACGUUGUCGGGUACGAUGGCCAAACAAUUUAUCAAGAACCCCCCGAGCCCGAGAAGCAGGCUGCGCUCAUGGCGUCGGACAACAAAAGUUUGGUGGAUAGAUGGCUGAUUGGUGGAUACCCGUGCGGCUUCUUCAUCGUUGAAUCCGGUGUCGUCGCUGCCCUUACAGACAUUGACACCGUCACACAAUUUCGGCCGAUUGAUCAUGCACUGGGAGGCUCGGGAGCACCUCUGAUGCAAUACCUUGACUUUGUCUCUUUUCGUGACCAAGGGCCGGUGGUAACUUUGAAUAUUGGUGGAAUUGCAAAUCUUCAACUUGCGCAGAAGGAUCGAUCAAAAAUGAUGGCGUUUGACACUGGACCAGGAAACGUUAUGAUCGAUCAUGUCAUCAAAGCCAGAACAGGUCGCACCUACGACAGAGACGGCGAGCUGGCCGCUAAAGGGAGUGUCAUGGAGCCUUUACUCACCAAGUUACAAGGACAUGCUUUCUUUCUGCGCAAACCACCAAGGUCUGCUUGGAGAUUGGACUUCGGCGCAGACUUUGCCGACCGGAUCCUCGCCGAGUAUACGUCCUCAUCCACCGAAGACUUACUAGCCACGCUCACCAUGUUCACUGUAACAUCAAUCGAGCGGUCACUAGUUGAUUUUAUUCUUCCAAGGGCCGCCGUGUCACAGGUGGUCGCCAGCGGAGGAGGCACUCGGAACCUUUGUCUGAUGCGCUUCCUUCAAACGAGGUUAAGCCAUCACAGUGUGAAACUGACGACGAGUGAUGAGUACGGUUUGCCUCCUGCAUAUAAAGAAGCCAUUAAGUUUGCGACUCUCGGCUAUGCUUGUAAGAGAAGACUUGCCAACAACAUCCCCGCGGCCAGCGGUGCUUCGUCCUUUGCGGUGUUGGGAAAAUUAAGCUUCGCUCCCAGCUCAGGUUUCAAGCAAGGAUUAUGCGCACCAUCCUCCCUCGCUACGAAUGGGAUUCAUUGAAAAGACGGAUGUUUUAGAUUGGAAAUGUGGUAGAGCCUCGCAAAUCCUGUUGAGCUGAGGACUCCUUUAGCACAUUGUUGCUUGUCUUCUAUUUCAGUUGCCUAGACAUGCUUCUCAAGCACUCUGAAAGUUUCCAUAGCUUGUACACACUCUUUUUUGGUACUACAGAUAGAUAGAUAUACCUCUCCUGCUCUGGGACUCUUGUCCAGAGUUUAGA